CUUCUGGGAAUCUCCACACCCUGAAGACACAGUGAGUUAGUAGCACCACCACCAGGAACUGGCCUCUCAGCUCUGUGCCUGUCUCCAAUCAGGCUGGAAUAAGUCUCCUCAUAUUUGAAAGCUUGGCCCUCCCCUGGAAUCUAAAGCCUCUCAGCCUUCUGAGUCAGCCUGAAAGGAACAGGCCGGACUGCUGUAUGGGCUCUACUGCCAGUGUGACCUCACCCUCUCCAGUCACCCCUCCUCAGUUCCAGCUAUGAGUUCCUGCAACUUCACACAUGCCACCUUUGUGCUUAUUGGUAUCCCAGGACUAGAGAAAGCCCAUUUCUGGGUUGGCUUCCCUCUCCUUUCCAUGUAUGUAGUGGCAGUGUUUGGAAACUGCAUCGUGGUCUUCAUCGUAAGGACGGAACGCAACCUGCACUCUCCGAUGUACCUCUUUCUCUGCAUGCUGGCAGCCAUUGACCUGGCCUUAUCCACAUCCACCAUGCCUAAGAUCCUUGCACUUUUCUGGUUUGAUUCCCGAGAGAUUAGCUUUGAGGCCUGCCUUACCCAGAUGUUCUUUAUUCAUGCCCUCUCGGCCAUUGAAUCCACCAUCCUGCUGGCCAUGGCCUUUGACCGUUAUGUGGCCAUCUGCCACCCACUGCGCCAUGCUGCAGUGCUCAACAAUACAGUAACAGCCCAGAUUGGCAUCGUGGCUGUGGUCCGCGGGUCCCUCUUUUUUUUCCCACUGCCUCUGCUGAUCAAGCGACUGGCCUUCUGCCACUCCAAUGUACUCUCACACUCCUAUUGUGUCCACCAGGAUGUGAUGAAGUUGGCCUAUGCAGACACUUUGCCCAAUGUGGUAUAUGGUCUUACUGCCAUUCUGCUGGUCAUGGGAGUGGAUGUAAUGUUCAUCUCCUUGUCUUAUUUUCUGAUAAUACGAACGGUGCUGCAACUGCCUUCCAAGUCAGAGCGAGCCAAGGCCUUUGGAACCUGUGUGUCACAUAUUGGUGUGGUACUCGCCUUCUAUGUGCCACUUAUUGGCCUCUCAGUGGUACACCGCUUUGGAAACAGCCUUCAUCCCAUUGUGCGUGUUGUCAUGGGUGACAUCUACCUGCUGCUGCCUCCUGUCAUCAAUCCCAUCAUCUAUGGUGCCAAAACCAAACAGAUCAGAACAAGGGUGCUGGCUAUGUUCAAGAUCAGCUGUGACAAGGACUUUCAGGCUGUGGGAGGCAAGUGACCCUUAACACUACACUUCUCCUUAUCUUUAUUGGCUUGAUAAACACAAUUAUUUCCAACACCAGCUUAUUUCCAGUUGCCCAUAAGCACAUCAGUGCUUUUCUCUGGCUGGAAUAAUAAACUAAAGUAUGGGCCAUCUACUUAAAGGACUAUUAUGUGGAAUAAUACAUACUAAUGAAGUAUUAUGUGAAUUAAAGACUACAAUAAAACCAAACAUAAAGAUACAUGAUUGAAGCCAAGUUGAAAAAUAGCAUAUGCCUUGGAGGAAAUGUGCUCAAAUUGCUAAUGAUUUAGUGUUGUCCCUACUUUCUUUUUAUUAUUAUCAUUAUUAUUAUUAUGGAGGUAUUGGUUAACUGUCACGUACAACCUUUUUUUGUUUUUUUUUUUUUUAGAUGGGAUCUUGCUCUGUCACCAGGCUGGAGUGAAGUGGCACGAUCUCGGCUCACUGCAACCUCCGCAUCCUGGGUUCAAGCAAUUCUUCUGCCUCAGCCUCCUGAGUAGCUGGGACUACAGGCACGUGCCACCACACCUGGCUAAUUUUUUGUAUGUUUCAGUAGAGACGAGGUUUCACCAUGUUGGCCAGGAUGAUCUCAAUCUCCUGACCUCAUGAUCCGCCUGCCUCGGCCUCCCAAAGUGCUGGGAUUACAGGUGUGAGCCACCGCGCCCAGCCCGUGUACAACUUUUUAAAUAGGGAAUAUGAUAGCUGGGCAUGGUGGUAUGCACCUGUAGCCCCCCCUACCUGGAAGGCUGAGGUAGGGAGAAUCGCUCGAGUCCAGGAGUUUGAGGUUCAGUGACCCAUGAUCACACCACUACACUCCAGCCUGGGCAACAGAGCAAGACCCUGUCUCAAAGCAUACAAUGGAAUAACAUGUCAAAUGAAAUAGGGAAAAUGAAGCUGACCAUUUAUGUAAGCCAGGGCUGGUCACAGUCUCUAUUGUUAUUAUGCAUUACCUGGGAAUUUAUAUAAGCCGUUAAUAAUAAUGCCAACCAACAUAUCACGUGUGCUCACAAUGUUCUGGCACUAUUGUAAGUGCUUUACAGGUUUCAUGUGUUCUUCAUAACUUGGUGGAGUAGGUACCAUUUGUGUCUCUUUAUUAUAAGUGAGAGAAAUGAAGUUUAUAUUAUCAAGGGGACUGAAGUCACACAGCUUGUGGGCACUGCACCAAGAUUUAAAAUUAAAUUCGACAGUUGAAAACAGUUACUUAACUACCACGUUAUAUUGCUUCCUGGGUAACAUCUGCCAUUUAUUUCCUCAGCUGUACAAAUCCUCUGUUUUCUUUCUGUUACACGCUAACAUCAAUGGCUUUGAACGUGUGAUGAGAGAUAAUCCUGCCGUAGUUGUGGGCAACACAUGCAGAAUACUCUUCCUGUUUUACAGCCACCUUUCAUGGUCUUAUUGCUUGCUUCUUUCCAGAUUCAGGGAGAAUGUUGUUGUCUAUUUGUCUCUUACAUCUCCUUGAUCAUGUCUUCAUUUUUUAAUGUGCUCUGUACCUGUCAAAAAUUUUGAAUGUACACCACAUGCUAUUGUCUGAACUUAAGUAUAAGAUAAAAUAAAAUUUUAUUUUAAAUUUU